GUAUGGAGCAGGUUUAUUGAUCGUGCUUCGGAUUUUACAAUGGUUGUUGGUCAAGAGUAUUUGAAUGUCCUCCGAAGUGGGUCUUGUAAACGUGAUAGGUUUGGCCAGCUGUUGUCCGCCAGUGGGAGAGUUGUAGCUAACUUUGUUGAUGAGGUGGUUCCCCAACAGCAGCAACAACAACAACCUUCAACAAGUGGUAUGGUUAGAAAUGAAACAUGGAGACGAGAUGGACCAAGUACAAGUAGAGCUGAAGAUUGGUACUACAUUUGUUAG